CCUCUUCAUGUAUUCAUAAGGAGAGUGCGAAGAGGAGAAAGAGAGAGAGAGAGAGAGAGAGAGAGAGAGAGAGGGGAUGAGAAGAGUGGAAUAAAGAUCGAUUAAAUCGAUCGAUCGAUUCGCGGAAUUCGAUCGAUUUUGGGGGCGAAAUCGAUCGCUAGUUUUGUGUUUGAUUCGAAAUUUUGGGAGCGAUCGGUUUGAUUCGAUUCCCAAAUGUGGAAACCCUCCACAAUUUGAUCGAUCGGUUGAUCUUUUGUUGUUAUUGGUAGUGUUGUUGUUGGUGCGAUUGAGUGAGGGGUUGGUCGAUUUGAGAUUGUCGUUUUCGGUUGCUCGGAUUGGGAAGGGAUUGGGGAUUGGAUUGGGUUGGAUUAAUUUGGAUUAGAUUGGAGUGUUAGGGUUUUGGUUUGGAGUGUUUGGUUCUCGCCAAUGCCGGAGAACGGGGAGCUGAAUCGUCCCGUGUCAAAUCCGGCCAAUGCUUCUCCCGACGACGAGCUCGAAGAGAGGAUGUGGGGGUUAAAAGUGGACGAUGGGCCGCCGGAUUGGGCCGACGGCCACGGGAGUCCGUAUCCUUAUCGUCCCGGCGAGCCGAAUUGCAUUUUCUACAUGAGGACAGGGACAUGUGGUUAUGGUAGCAAGUGCCGAUACAAUCAUCCUGCUUAUUACUUUGGGCAGGUAAUUCAGUAUGGGGGCGAACUUCCGCAGCGAGAAGGUCAGCCUGAUUGCCAGUUCUUUUUGAAGACAGGAACUUGCAGGUUUGGGGGAACUUGUAAAUACCAUCAUCCACGAGAUAAAGUCAAUGCACAACCUAUCCAACUGAACUAUCUUGGCCUGCCAAUAAGAGAGGGUGAAAAACCAUGUGCUUACUACAUGAGGACAGGAUCGUGUAAGUUUGGAGUUGCCUGCAAGUUCAAUCACCCCCAGCCUUCCACUUCUGGAUACAUGUUUCCUGUCACAUCCGGAUCCUCUGCUUAUGGAUCUACUGCUUCUUCAAUGGUUUCCCCAUCCGGUUUACCUUUAAUGGGCGGGCUCUCAACAUGGCCAUUUUCAAGAACUCCUUAUGCCCCUCACUCACAUCUUCUUCUUCCACCAAACCAAAGCACUAUGCCCAUGCAACAUGGUUGGAGCGCAUACACGGACGGUGUGAACCAGAUUUCUUCUGCCAAGAAUCACACAGAAUCAGGUUCGAGCACUCCAUCUAAUCUUCCAGAUAGGCCUGGUCAACCGGACUGCCAAUACUUCAUGAAAACUGGAACCUGCAAAUAUGGAACUUCAUGCAAGUAUCAUCACCCAAAAGAGAGGAGAAAUCAAGUUGCUGUGAGCACUGUUGGACCCCUCGGACUUCCUCUAAGACCGGGCGAACCAGUCUGUAACUUCUACACAAUGUACGGGAGCUGCAAAUACGGCUCCGCUUGCAAAUACGAUCACCCCCAGAUGGUCGGGUAUUACAAUUACAACUACAAUUACGCUAUGCCCGCGCUCUCCAUCCAAGAUCCAUCUGUCAUGUUCCCCAACCAAAGGAGUUCCCAAGUUACGGUAACAGCACCGCAACGUUCGCCCCCGAAAGCCGAGGCUAGCGACGAUGAUCCCGCCGAUCCUUCUUCGCAAUCCUCUCCUUCGAACAACGAGCCUCACUCGCAAUCCACGCAAGAUCAAUCCGAUCAAAAUUAACUUAUACCAAUUUCCUCGUGAGGGACGCCGGAGAAAUUUUGGCAGUUUUUGCCGUACCCUCUCGCCUCAAUUUUUUGCCUUUUUUUUCAAAGGACAGCUACUAUACUGCAGGCUACGGCGAGAAGCGUGAAGAUCUUUUUAUGAUGAAUAAAUUGCAGGGUCGAGUUUAAGUUAUAUAUAUAUAUAUAUUUCUUUGGACCAACGUAUGUUAUCAAAUAUGUCGGAGUAAAGAGAUGAGCAAACUUAUUGUUUCUUUUUCUUUUUCUUUCUUAUAAAGCGUACUGCAUAUGUCAAAAUGACCGAUGGUAAAUGGUAAUAAAUUGCUCGAAGGAACCACGGAUCGACCGUGAGCCGAAUGAGCUUGCCGGAUGAGUAUUGUAAUGAGAAUUUUCCUUGUAGUAGGAGGGUUUUUGUGGCUUCUGAGAACCGAAUUUCGUCAUCAAAGUUACACAGCAUUUUGAGUUCCA